CUUCAAAUCAAAAAACGAACUAAUCUAAUAUCAAAUCUGACACAUAUCAAAACCAAUAUAUAGCACACCUUAUAUCCAUCAUCCAGCUAUUUAAGACAGAAAAUUGAAAUGGAUCCCUCGAUGAACCAAGAUAAAGAAAACCAGGUUACAGCUUAUAAGAACCUGACAAAGGUCAUCCAGGCAGCGUCCGAUUCGACUAAUCCAGAGCUCCAGUUCGCCGCCGUCAAGGACAUAAACUCUCUGCUAUCCUUCGAGAAUCCACCCAUCGAGGAAGUGAUCCAGAAUGGCAUGCUGCCCAUCCUGGUGGACUGUCUCAGGGAGAGCGGCAAUGUUAAACUACAGGUUGAGGCUGCCUGGGCCCUGACCAACAUGACCUCUGGCAACUCUGAGCAAACCAUCCAAGUGGUGGCCGCUGGUGCUGUGCCCCUUUUUCUGGAGUUUCUUAAAUCAGAAAAUAUGGAUAUCUACGAACCUGCCAUUUGGGCCUUGGGUAACAUUAUAGGCGAUGGCCCCUUGCUGCGGGACUUUGUCAUCAGACUGGGCGUGGUCCAGCCCCUGCUCUCCUUUAUUGAGCGGGAAGUGCCGACUACGAUCCUUUAUAAUGUAACCCUGGUAAUUGGCAACCUGUGCCGACGCUACUUCUAUCAACCGAUACCCGAAGGAACUGUCCUGCAGAUCCUGCCAGCCCUCGAAGGGCUCAUCAAUCACGCGGACUUGGAUAUUCUGAAGUGCGCCUUGUGGGCCAUCGCUUUUUUGGCCGACGGUGGCAAGGAACAGAUUCAAAUGGUGAUAGAAAGUGAAAUACUGCCGAAACUGAUAUCCCUCAUGGGUCAUAAGGAGGUCAAGGUGCAAACUCCUGCCCUGCGAGCAGUGGGAAAUAUUUUGAAGGGAACUGAUGAGCAGUGUCAGGUGGUCUUGGACCACAAUCCCUUCGCGCACUUCCCAUCGGAGGGGUUUUAUUCUAACAAGAAUAUCCUUAAGGAGGAGUUUCGCUUCCUCUGGAGCGUGACUUCUUGCAAUCAUGUUUGGGUGCAGGCCAUCAUCGAUGUGGGUUUACUCUCCAAAAUCAUAGUGAUGUUGAAAGGCGGCGGAUUGUUGGACUACGUGGCUGCCACGGCUAUAAGUAAUCUUACCACUCAUUGCACUGAGGAUCAGAUGAUAGCCUUUGUCAGAAUGGGUGUCCUUAGGCCGCUCUGUGAUGCCCUGACUGGGCCAUUUGAUGAAACUACCAAGACAGUGCUAAGUGGCCUCAGCAAUAUGCUUAAAAUGGCCCAUGCCCAUGCAGAUGAGCUGGCCAAAUCCAUUUAUGAAUGCGGGGCAUUGGCCAAAAUCGAAGAGCUGCAGACCCACGAGAACGUGGAGAUCUAUAAGGCAGCUCAGCAAAUCAUCGAACUUUACUUUGGCGAUGAUAGCUAAGCCAGUUUAAAUUGUAUUUUAUGUUAAAUCCUUAAAUUUCUACUCGCGACUUUCUAGAUAAACAAAUCUCAGUAAGAACCAUUUGUGCUUUUCAAACUUUUUCCAUAAAAAUACACGUUUUUCAUUUGGUUUGCUUUGUUAA